AUGUGGCUCCACGUAGCUAGGCUCUGCUCAGCGGCCACACCCCGGGCAACCGCCUCGACCGGCGGGCUAAACCAGGUGAGGGUAUCCGUGGGCCUAUUCGGCCACAUGCGCAUCCACGAGAGCGGCACUGACCGCACUCCCGACACACCUACCACAUCCAACACAUCCACCGUGCACACCCCCACCCUCGUUCCAUCCGUCCGCGCCACCACCACCACCACCACCACCACCACCACCGCCUCCUCUGUAGCUGGCACUGACACCGCCGACUUCUCAUGCCCACACUGUCCACGCACAUUCACCUCACGCAUCGGCCUGGUCGGUCACUUGCGAAUCCAUCGCACAGAGACUGGCGAACCAGUGCCUGGAACACCCACCUAUACCCACCAAGCUCGUCUCAACUGCCCACACUGUCCUCAGACCUUCAGGCAUCGCAUGGGCCUAUUUGGCCACAUGCGCAUCCACGACGACCUGCGGUAG